CAGUGAAUGACGACGACAGACUGUCGCAUAGUUGCAUAAUCAGGCAACAUGGCUGCAUCCAUGAGACUUCUGCUUCGCCGUGUGAUCCGUCUUUCUCACAGAUAUAAUAACGUUACUGCUGCUGGAGGUUCAGCUCGCUCGGGUUGCUGUUGGGGACCGUCGACCUGUCGUUGUUUCAGCGAUGUGGCCGGAGACAGAAGUACACAUUUUGGGUUUGAAACGGUGCCAGAGACAGAGAAGGCGAAGAGAGUGUAUAAGGUGUUUGAGAAUGUGGCCCAGAAGUAUGAUACUAUGAACGAUGUCAUGAGUCUGGGGAUUCAUCGACUGUGGAAGGACAUGCUGCUGCACGCCAUGCACCCACAGCCCGGGGCGCGACUACUGGACGUGGCAGGUGGAACAGGUGACAUUUCCUUCCGUUUCCUGGAGUACGUUCGUUCUCAGCAAGAACGGCAGAAGCGACGGACGGCGCGAUCCAUGCAGACGCCGUCGUCGCAGGACAUUUCCGACAACUACUCCACAGAGGACGAGGACACGUCCCAGGAAUCCAGGGCUGUGGUCUGUGACAUCAACAAGGAGAUGCUGAACGUGGGCAGGAAGAGAGCCGACAGCAUGGGCAUCAGUGCUGGUCUGUCGUGGGUGGUGGGAAAUGCAGAGGAGCUGCCCUUUGAUGAUGACCAGUUUGAUAUAUACACUAUCGCCUUCGGCAUUCGAAACGUCACCCAUAUAGAUCAGGCACUGCAGGAGGCUCUGCGGGUCCUGAAGCCUGGUGGCAGGUUCAUGUGCUUAGAGUUCAGCAAAGUGACAAAUCCUGUAUUGGCACGGAUUUAUGACGCAUACAGUUUUCAGAUGAUCCCAGUUUUGGGAGAGGUCAUUGCUGGAGACUGGAAGUCAUACCAGUAUCUGGUAGAAAGCAUCCGCAAAUUCCCGGACCAGGAGGAGUUUAAACAUAUGAUCGAGGAUGCAGGUUUCUACUGUGUGAAGUACAACAACCUCACCAGUGGAGUGGUGGCUCUUCACUCAGGUUUCAAGCUGUGAGAGGCACUCUUGAAACCUGUAAGUAAAAAUAAAAUGCAAAAAGACAGGCUCUGUGUUUUAGGCUUUUCUGCCUGUAUAAAAAACUGUCUGCGAAGUUCUCAUACAUGAAUUUCAGAGCAUUCAUUCCCAGAGCUCCUCUCUGCAGAUGUCGCUGCACAAGGACAGAAAAUCAGCUCAGUGGACAUACGUAUUCAUUUAUUUUCCUGCUGUUCAAUUCAACUGUAGUUAUAACCAAUGUUGGUGUAAAGAAUGCCUCACUGAAAAAUAAAAUGUCACUAUCUGUAGUAUCAGUGUAAAGACUACUCGCAAGUGAAUUAAAUCAUGGAAUUGGUUAGUUUUGAAUAUUUUUUGUAUCCUCUACUUAUGGCAACAAAUAAUAAAUAAUUUAAUUUCA